CCCCUUCUUUCCCGAUCCCCGGCUGUUAGUGCUGUGUGAGUGCGCGUGUGCUCCGGAGCUCGCCUCGGCACACAUUAUAUAAAAAAUUAAAAAAAUACAAAAAAAAUUAAAAACUUUUAAAAACUCCAAAAAAUCAUUUUCUUUCAUCACCCCCCUUUUUUUCAUUAAACAUCGGUGAAGUGGGAGCCGAAGGCCUUGAAACAUCUUCAACAACCCCGUGUCGUUAUAACGUUAGCGGUUUGCUUCAUUCGUUGGUUAGGAUUUUUCGCAUUUUAAAUUUCACUUGCUCUAAAUAUUCGUCAAUUUUAAUCGGCGUGUUGAGGUUAGUUUGACAGUUAAGUUACCGUUAGCUAUAUCUGACGUAGUUGAGCUCACGCGCUAGCGCCGCGAAACACAUUACAGUUCUGCGAGUUGACAGCUGCGAGGGAAGAGAAGAUGAACCCCAGCGCUCCCAGUUACCCCAUGGCCUCGCUGUAUGUGGGAGACCUGCACCAGGACGUGACUGAAGCCAUGCUCUACGAGAAGUUUAGCCCGGCCGGUGCCAUCCUCUCCAUCCGGGUGUGCAGGGACAUGAUCACGCGCCGCUCGCUGGGCUAUGCCUACGUCAACUUCCAGCAGCCUGCAGAUGCUGAACGCGCUCUAGACACUAUGAACUUUGACGUGAUCAAGGGUAGACCUGUGCGCAUCAUGUGGUCUCAGCGCGACCCCUCGCUGAGGAAGAGCGGCGUUGGAAACAUCUUCAUCAAGAACCUGGAUAAGUCUAUUGAUAAUAAAGCGCUUUAUGACACCUUUUCUGCAUUUGGCAACAUCCUGUCCUGCAAGGUGGUUUGUGACGAGAAUGGCUCAAAGGGCUAUGGCUUUGUGCACUUUGAGACCCAGGAGGCCGCUGAAAGAGCCAUUGAGAAAAUGAACGGCAUGUUGCUGAAUGACAGAAAAGUGUUUGUAGGGCGCUUCAAAUCUCGCAAGGAGAGGGAGGCUGAGCUCGGGGCAAGAGCCAAAGAAUUCACCAAUGUGUACAUCAAAAACUUUGGGGAAGACAUGGAUGAUGACAAACUCAAGGACAUCUUCAGCAAAUAUGGUUCUGCCAUGAGCAUCCGUGUCAUGACUGAUGAAAAUGGAAAGUCCAGAGGCUUUGGAUUCGUGAGUUUUGAGAGGCACGAAGACGCCCAAAGGGCUGUGGAUGAGAUGAACGGCAAAGAACUGAACGGGAAGCUCAUUUAUGUGGGUCGUGCUCAGAAGAAAGUGGAGCGGCAAACUGAGCUCAAGCGCAAAUUUGAACAGAUGAAGCAGGACCGCAUGACUCGUUACCAGGGUGUCAAUCUUUACGUGAAGAACUUGGAUGAUGGUAUUGAUGACGAGCGUCUUCGUAAAGAGUUCUCCCCCUUCGGUACAAUCACCAGUGCCAAGGUCAUGAUGGACGGCGGUCGCAGUAAAGGCUUCGGGUUUGUCUGUUUCUCUUCCCCUGAGGAAGCCACUAAAGCCGUGACUGAGAUGAAUGGCCGUAUUGUGGCCACUAAGCCCCUGUAUGUGGCUCUUGCUCAGCGCAAAGAGGAACGGCAGGCCCAUCUCACCAACCAGUACAUGCAGAGGAUGGCCAGUGUCCGCGCAGUGCCAAACCCCGUGAUUAACCCCUACCAGCCUGCACCUCCAUCAGGAUACUUCAUGGCUGCCAUUCCACAGGCCCAGAACAGAGCUGCGUAUUACCCUGCCAGUCAGCUCACCCAGCUCAGACCCAGUCCCCGCUGGACCACACAGGGCGUCCGGCCUCAGCACUUCCAGAACAUGCCGGGCACAAUGCGGGCGUCUGCCCCCAGACCGCAGUCCUUCAACACCAUGCGUCCUGCGUCUCAGGUGCCUCGCAUGAUGUCCACACAGCGCGUUGCUGCUCAGACGAUGGGUCCACGGCCCAGCGGUGCAGCGGCUGCAGCUUCAGCUCCUCCAGUGCGAGGCGUCCCGCAGUACAAAUACACCCCCAGUGUCCGCAGCCCCCAGCAGCACAUCAACACACAGCCUCAGGUGACCAUGCAGCAGCCUGCUGUGCACGUGCAAGGACAGGAGCCGCUCACGGCCUCCAUGCUCGCCGCUGCCCCGCCACAGGAACAGAAGCAGAUGCUGGGUGAGCGUCUCUUCCCACUUAUCCAGAACAUGCAUCCCAGCCUGGCUGGCAAGAUCACCGGUAUGCUGCUGGAAAUCGACAACUCGGAGCUCCUCCACAUGCUGGAGUCUCCAGAGUCUCUGCGCUCCAAGGUCGAUGAGGCGGUGGCCGUACUCCAGGCUCACCAGGCUAAAGAAGCCGCUCAGAAGACCGUGACCAACUCUUCUGGCGUGCCAAGCGUCUAAACCAAGGGGGACAAGGCCUCGAAUCUUCACCGAGAGGAAAAAGUAAACAUUGCACAAAAAAAAAAAAAUACAGAAAACAUCGCAAAACAUUGAAAACGAUAUUUUAGAAAAAGAAACUUGAAGGAGCCAGGUCUAGAGACGGGCAUUCUAGGCCUAGUUAAGGUAUAAAAAAAUAAAAAUAAAAGUAAAAAUGGACUAAAAUAAUGUUAAAUAACAACAAAAAUCAACAGUAUAGGUAAUUAACAGCCGUAAAGCAUUCCUGCCUUGUUUUUAUUGCUUUUAAAGCCUGGCCUUGUCAUGUUCUCAGUAGGAGAAAAGUGACCGAACCGGCAAUGUGAAGUUAUCUUCGAUUCAAAAUAUGCUUGCUCAAAUAAAGCUCAUUACAAAUGA